AUGGGCCAAGAAGCGACCACCAUGGCCGUGAGCGAGCCCGCUUUGUCCUUCGAGUUUGACUCUUCACAAUCACUCUUCGAGCAGCUCACCAAGGCGCAACAAACAAACUCAUCGUCAUUCAACAACAACGUGCAGUCAUACUCGCAAAGCACAUCGCCAGACAUGCGCGGAAUGGAGGGCUCAAUGCCCCCACCAAACAUGGUCCCACAAAUGCCUCAGAUGCCCCAGCAGGUGCAUGAGGACCCUAUGGCUCAGUACCACCAGCAAAUGUCGAUGCCGCCAUCAAUGCAGAACACCAUCGUCAAGAGCAGAGAGCAGCGCGAGUUCAGCGCACAGAUGCAGUACGACCGCAACGGCAUUCCCUUGUCGCAAGUGCACCAGCGCCACAGCUCCAUGCCCGCCUACAUGGAGUACUCUCCUGCGCCUUCAUUCGUAUCAUCACAUUACGAAGACUACAGCACUCGCGGCAUGUCUUUUGAGCCUUUGACCCCUCCUCAGCACCAAAUCAGCCUCGGACCUGAGCCUGCAUACAUUGCCAAUGAGGACACUGGCCUGUACAGCGCCAUUCCUGACCUUCCAAUGCCAAACAACUUCAACCCAUUGAUGAACAUUCCUCCAUCGAACCUGAUGGGUCCCGGCUUCUCCGGUGUCUCCAGGCCGUUCGCGCCUGGCAACGUCUACUCGGUCAUCGAGGGCUCGCCCACUUACAAGCAACGGAGAAGGCGGUCGUCGCUCUCUGCUGCAGGUAUUGCCGCCGCAGUCAGUGCAUCCGGUAACGCCCACCAAGUUCACCGUCCCAGUGAGCUGAGGCGAUCCAUGUCGAGCUCUGUCGUCCCUGUGCCCGAGGCCGAUGAGUCGACCCACAACUCCCCCAACAGUGCCAAUGGCGCAAGCUACGCCCAGGUGAUGCCAGACUCGAAGCCUCUUGUCGACAUUUCACGGCAAGGUACUCCCCUGCACACCGUUGAGGAGAGCCCAGAGCCUCAGCACGCUAUGCUGCACAACGACGAUCUCAACAGCAUGGUCAACGGUGAGCUGUUCGAGGCCCCUCUCCAGCACAGCGCUCUUGCGCGAACGGCAGGUGCUGCUCCCGUCUACCGACGCGCCCGCAGUGCCACCAUGAUGGAAAUUGGCCCGUACCCGCAGAAGUCGCACUCCUGCCCAAUCCCCACCUGUGGUAGGCUCUUCAAGAGAUUAGAGCACCUCAAGAGACAUCGUCGCACACACGAGCCUCGUGCCGAUGGUGAGCCGCUCAGCGACUUCCAAGAAGAUGACCUUGAAGGCGAGGAGGACCACCUCCAUUCGCUUGAGGAAGACUCUCCCGAAUCUGGCAACGAUUACCUGUCGCUGUCCCACCACGGUGGUUUAAGCGACAUGCCAGGACCGGUAAUCGGAAUGACCUCGAUGGCGCCACCGCAACAGCUCAUGGCUGGCAGCCACUACUGAGCACUGACUGGCCUCACACCUGCCACAUAUCUGACGCCGUCACACGACGUGAAAUGAGCACUCGGCGCUUGCAUCUAGACGGUCUUGUUUCCUUUUUCUUGUUCGACUCUUCUAUGUGGAUCCGUUUAAUCUCUUAGACCGAUCUGUCUCCUGCUUCUUUCUUUUUCGGGCAUCGGUUUAUGAUGUCUUGCAUUGCAUUGCAUGCUUUUUUUCUACUUUCUCCCUUCGCACUUUACGCGGUCGCUAGGGGGGUGGAAAUAUUUGGGAUUACCGGUUUUGGCGGGGGCGGACACCGCAUCACGACCCACGAACACGACGUUUCCUAUCUCUCGCACUUUUGUUUCCUUUUGCUAUUUUCCCCCAUUGCCUUGAGCACAACAACACCCCCAGUCUCUUCUCGCAUUGCGGAAAAGCUUUUACCAUUCUGGAGCUCCUGUCAUGGGGACCAGUACGCGCGCGCGUGUGUGCCUUUCUACGGAUCGGCGCCCCUCCUUUUUGUGUAUCUCACGUCCAAGAAAGGAAGACGGAGUGCAUUUUGGCGAGGGAAAAAGUCGUCUGUUGAUGGACGGACGGGCUUUUUGUGUAUAAUUAUAUUUUUGAACAGUUGAAAACAAUUCACCACGCUUACAUGCGCAAUUUUU